GGCUCCGGGACCGACCGCGGUCUCCAGGCGACCGCCUGACGCAACCCGGAGAGAAAGAAAGAAAAAGUCCCGGGAAGGGCAGGGCCGGCGGCUCAGGGCGCUCUCCAGGGAUGCUGGCCGGGGCCCUGCCCGGAGGCCGUCGGGGCCUGUCUCCCGCCGUCCCGCCCGCCCGCACCUCCACGUCUUCCGGCCCCUUGGCAGAGGCGCCCCCGGUGGCUGCCAGCACUUGUCGGCACCUGCCUGUGGGCACCGGGGGCUCCAGGCAGCCUUGAGCCCGGCGCCUCCGCUGGCCAGACGAUGUCUGCGCCCCACGUCCGGGUGGAGGAAAUGGACGGUGAGGAGUCGGGAGUGGCCAGAGCAGCCCUGCCCGCGGACGACCACCUGCAGAGCCUGAAGGCGCUCACAGAGAAGCUGAGGCUGGAGACACGCAGGCCCUCCUACCUGGAGUGGCAGGCCCGGGGGGACCAGGGCGCACCCCCGAGCGGCAGCAGCCCCCGCCCGCCCCGCGACCUGGGCUCCAGCAGGCUGCCCGGCUUCCAGAGCGUGGACGAAGCCCUGGGCUGGCUUCGGAAGGAACUGGCCGAGAUGCGGCUGCAGGACCAGCAGCUGGCGCGGCAGCUCAUGCGUCUGCGCGGCGACAUCCACCAGCUGAAGGUGGAGCAGGCGUGCGACCUGCACCGGCGGAUGCUGAACGACGCAGCCCUGGAGCUGGAGGAGCGGGACGAGCUGUCGGACCUGUGCGACUGCCCGCCGGCCCCCCACUUCAGCCUGUCCGCCCCGCUCAAGCUCAUCGGCGUCACCAAGAUGAACCUCAACUCCCGGAGGUUCUCUCUGUGCUGACCCCGAGUGUGGCCGGGCCCCCGGCCUGAGGCUCAGAUACCAGCUGGCCCCACAGGACUGGGCAGCAGCGGGACCCAGUCUCAGAGCAGGGCUGGGGGGCUGCUUGCAUUCAGGGACCCUGUGGCACAGCCCCAGCCCCAGAGAGCCCCUGCCCUGCACCCUAGCCGGGAGGGUGCUGGGGACCCCCCAGCAGGCCCCGCGGUGUUGAGUGGUUUGGGGCAGAGGCUCUGGCCUGAUCUUAAGGGCGAGUGAGGGCAGGCAUGAGGUCAGCCAGGCAAGGGGCAUGUCCAAAGGUCCCCCCAGAACCCCAGGGACCCCCUUCAUAAAGUGGGAGGGGAGGGGAGGGACAGUGACUCCCUGGGGUGCGGCGGGGGGGCACAUGUAGCGUGUUGCACCCACGUCCUGUUCUCUGCUCUGCACUGCACUCAGGCCCCACGUGCACCUCAGGGCAGAGAACACAUGAGUGAACCCAGAGUGUGUUGUGUGUGUGCACAGACAUGUACCCACAAAUGUACAUGCCACACAUGUACAUACCACACACAUGUACACAGACAUGCACACUACACACAUGUGCACAGACAUACACAUACCACAUGUGUGCACACACCACAAUUGUGUGCAUAAACAUGCAGAUACCACACAUGUGCACACACAUGCACAUACCACACACGUGUGCAUAGACACAUCCACACGUGUGCACACAUGGAUUGCAGUUUUCCACAGGUGCACAAACCACAUACCUGCCCCCACACAUGCAUGCACACACACAUACCACACACAUGCAUGCACACAGAGUGAACCCCUGGGAUAGUUGGAGUUAAAAAAACAAAGUCUUUAAACUUUCUGCUCAGGACUCCAAGUAGAUAGAGAUAUUACAUAAGUGCAAAAAUCAAAUAUUUACUAAUAACAAAACAUACAUAAGUUUAUUUUCAAAGAAAUGUUUAAGAUUUUUCACCAAUUGGGGCUGGGGCGAUAGCACAGAGGGAGGGCGUUUGCCUUGCACACGACCGACCCGGGUUCGAUUCCCAGCAUCUCAUAGGGUCCCCUGAGCACCGCCAGGAAUGAUUCCUGAGUGCAGAGCCAGGAGUGACCCCUGUGCAUCACUGGGUGUGACCCAAAAAGCAAAAAAAAGGUUUUUCACCAAUUCAGCUAGGCCCUGCCCGUGGACCCUGUGGACUUCGAGACGGUGGCCUCCUGCUGGAGUCUCAGAGCCACGCAGCCCCCCAACCGCUGUGCCCUCCCGCCCCGCAGGCCCCCUCCCCAGCCCUGCAGCCCCCUUCCUCGGGUGCUCAGCUCAGGGCGCACGGCCCACUCCACACGGGGCACAGGAACUUUUUCUUCUCUAGGGCCCUCUAGAAAGUAACGCACCCCGGUCGCCCCCCCACCCCGCCCCUCCCUGCCGUUGGACCUGACUAAGCAUUCCUGUGGAAUUCCUGGGACAGGGUCAGGGGGCUGGAGCUGGCCCCUCUCCUCCUCCACCGCAAUGCGCAGAGCUGACCUCACCUCAGCUGGCACGGGUUCGAGUCUUUCACGCUCUGAUUCUACACUGUGGUUAGGUAAAGUCAAAUAAAAGACUUUGGGAG